GGUUAUGGUUUUUGAAAACUAAUCAUUUGGAAAAACUUUAAAUGUGUCCAGAAGCAUAAACCAAAGAUAAAAACCCAAAAACCAUUUGGUUAAAAUCAAUGCCAAUAACCAAUGCCGAAAACCGAACGCCAUAGCCGAACGCCGAUAACCAAUGGUUAUGAAGAAGGGUAUUGCGCUGAAAGCAACCAAGGAAACCGUGGAAGUAGACUCAAGCGAUGAUGACAACGAGUUCGGACUCGUCAUCAAGAAAUUCCACAAAUUUAUGAAGAAGGAAUUUGAGCGCAAAGGAAGAAAGCACGACGGUCCCCCGAAGUGCUAUGGCUGUGGCGAGAUAGGCCACAUCAAGCCGAGGUGUCCAAAAGGCAAAAGCGGCAAGGACAAACCUGGCUUCAAAAAGCAACGAGCCUAUAUCUCAUGGGGUGGCGACUCCGGUGACGAGUCAACUGAUCAAGAAGAGGAGGAAGCCGCCAACCUCUGCCUCAUGGCGCACGAAGAUCAAACCGACGACGUUCAAGAGGUAUGUACCCCUUCUUCCGACUCUUACACUCUUGAAGAGAUGCAAGAAGCUCUUCGAGAACUUUAUGAUGAAUUUGUUAGCGCUUCUAAAACCAACAAAUCACUAAAGAAACGUCUUUCAACCCUUGAAAAUGAUUUUGAAAAACUGGAAAAAGAUAAUGAAAAGUUGAAACAAGAAAAUAAAUUUUAUGGUAAAAGAAGCGCCGACAAACCAGAAAGUUCUUCAAGUGAAUGUGAAUCUUGCAAAACUUAAAAAGAGAAGGUUGCAAAACUUGAGAGUAUGGUUAAGAAGUUCAAUACACCACACAAAGAUCUUAAUUUACUUCUAGACACUAUGCAUUUUUCUAAGGAAGGAAUAGGCUUUGAUAAAAAUGAAUCUAAGGAUAAAAACAUUGAGCAAACACCUAGAAAACCUCCUAAGGCUCAACAUAAGAAAGCUAAAAAUCAGGA